CCCCUAACAGGAAAUGGUACUCCGAGGAAAGGAAAGAGAUAGUCUGUUACUGUUUCCUUUAGGAAUAUCCAACGUUGCGGGGCGGCGCUUCCAGCCGCCCCCCAGGUUAUCAAUCCAGGCUUCAGAAAACGUUAUCUCUGCACUCUGUCUAAUCUUGCCAAAAUGAGCAAAUCCUAUCACGGAAGCAGCUGGAGCUUCAUUCCCUUUUCUGAUACUCGUGCUUCUACAGGAAAAUAAAGCAACACUGCAAUCCUCUGCACUCCCUGUAGGAAUACCCAGAUAAGCUAUUACUCUCCAUCAUAGAAGACAGGAGGGAAAAGUCAAAUAUACUCACCAUGAUGAGGUGUUACCACAUCUGCAAACUUCCUGGGAGAGUGAUGGGAAUCCGAUUGCUCCGGUUUUCUUCCAUCAUCAUCCUUGUGUUACUACUGGUGGCAGGUGCUUUGACUACCUUGCUUCCUAACAUAAAAGACGAUAAAAUGCCCACUUCCCGCAGGGAAGCAAAACCUCAGAGCCAGUCUGCCCUGGAUUCCUUUACUCUCAUCAUGCAGACAUACAACAGAACGGAUCUGUUGCUGAGGCUGUUAAAUCAUUACCAGGCGGUGCCUCAUCUGCACAAAGUGAUUGUUGUCUGGAACAACAUUGGGGAGAAGGUGCCUGAGGACUUGUGGAAUGCCCUGGGACCUCACCCUGUCCCUGUGAUCUUCAAAGUACAGACUGUGAACAGAAUGAGAAAUCGACUUCAGACUUUUCCAGAAUUGGAAACCAAAGCGGUCUUAAUGGUGGAUGAUGACAUGCUAAUUAGUGCCCAUGACCUCGUUUUUGCAUUCUCUGUUUGGCAGCAAUUUCCUGAUCAGAUUGUAGGGUUUGUCCCUAGAAAGCACGUCCCCACGGCUUCGGGUGUUUACAGUUAUGGCGGUUUUGAGCUGCAGAUACCAGGAUUUGGAAAUGGGGACCAGUACUCCAUGGUGCUGAUUGGAGCAUCGUUCUUCAACCGCAAAUACCUCGAACACUUCCAGAGACAACCAGCGACUGUCCACGCGCUGAUAGAUGAGACCCAGAAUUGUGACGAUAUCGCCAUGAAUUUCAUGGUCUCCAAGCACAUUGGGAAGACUUCCGGGGUGUUUGUCAAGCCUGUGGAAAUGGGCAAUUUAGAAAAAGAGACCAGCAGUGGCUAUUCUGGAAUGUGGCACCGGGCAGAUCACUUCCUGCAGAGGUCUUAUUGUAUAAAUAAGCUUGUGAAGAUCUAUGACAGCAUGCCCUUAAAAUACUCCAACAUUAUGAUCUCCCAGUUUGGGUUUCCAUACUAUGCCAACCACAAAAGCAAAAUGUAAAAUAAAUGAAUAAAUAACAAUCUCCAGUCUGCUUGGGUAUCUGGAUAGCUUCUCAGUGUUAAGUUUUUAAUAGCAACAUUUUGGACUGUUAGCUCCUCCGACAUCCAAGGUAGUCGCCACUGAGGUACGGGAUAUAUGGUGCCAUGGAAUGGGAAAUCCUUCCUUGCUUCAGAAGUAGAGAUGCUGGCGUUGUUACCAGGCUAGGCUUCUCAUUAAGGGGUUUUUAUCCAGGUGCAUAACUUCCUUGGUUUGUGACAUUACUGUUUACACUUUGAGACUGUUUUCCUUCUUCUUUGACUAUUGGCAUUUGCCUUAAGGACCACAGCAAGCUGUCCCCAGUUUCUGAAACACAUGAGAUAAUUCUCUCAGCUUUCUCAUUUAAGGCAGCUUGUCUUCAUCUCAAGCCUCAAAUGCCGGUCAUGUUUAUGGGAAAAAAAAAAAGGAAGUCCUAUAUUGUGGCUGGAAAAGUCAUGGAGGAAAGCGUAAUAUUGACCUCAGAUUUCAUACAAAGAGAGAAAAUCUGAAGGCAGCUGCUGAAUUCUUCUGCUGAUCAACCCAGCCUGUCUAUCCAGACUUGUUUGGACGUGGCUGCAAUCACCCUUACUUUUUGUUUUUCACUGCUGGGUCUCUUAUGACUUGGUGGUUGUCUAGUAGCUAAAGAAUGUCUGGUCGCUAACUUCAUGUUUCAGAACUUCUACUGCAUGGAUCUUAGAAAAUGCAGCCCAUGUUAACUUAUUUGCCUCUGAAAGUCUAAAGGCAAUCGGAGAUUCAGGUUGUGCAUUUUGUCGCUAAAUCUGACCUUAAGAAUGUACACUCGUUCACUUUUAUUCUUUGCAUCAGGUUUGCAUUGUCAUUUAAGAAAGACCUACAAACCAGUUCUGUUUUAGAAGAAUGUUAAAACAGGGAUUUAAUGAGAUAAUAUAUGGAAAGCUCUUUGUAAACUUUAAAGUGCUCUGUAAAUGUGAGUUAUUAUUAUUAUUAUUAUUAAUGCCCAGCAGAGGUGUCCUUGUAGAAUUCUAAUAAAUGAGAUCAAACAGUCAAUCUUACUGCACAUCAAUUAUCUCUCAAGUUCUCACCUUUAUUGCAUCUGUUGCAGAAAGUGCAUUGAACUUGAAUGUUGAGUCUGUUUAGUGUAUCCCUAGUCUCCUGCCUUCUCUUUGUAGGACAGCAAAAUGCCUCUUCAUCUAGAGAAAAAUCCAAUUAAGCAGCCACAGGAGAAUUAGAACUGAACCAUAAAUCCAGAGGAUAUGAAUACUGUGAGUUUGCAGCAAUUCCCUUUAUGCUGUCAAGAUUGCUCCCUUUGGAUUCAUUCUUUGUGUUGUAAUAUUUGUCUCCCACAUAGUGUCUCAUGUCUCACCCUUGUUUAGUUGGUAGUGGUGGCAAAGAAGAUGUCGAUGUGAAGUUAAAUCUUUGUCUGCGACUUUUUGUUUGGGAUUGGUUUUGCUGGACAGAAGUGGAUUUUUCUGAAUGCCUCACUAUAAUAAAUAAUAUUAAAAUACUCAUGGCUGAUGGCCCAUCCACACCAAUCUGUGGAGCUAAGUGUGUAUCUGUUUUCUUUUGUGACUACCAAUAAGGUUCUGAAUCUUAUUUUAAAAUGUGGAGUUAUUUAUUUGGCCAAAGCACAAUGUAAUUUAGUGGGUUUUUUGUUUGUUUGGUUUUAUUUUGCAGGUCAGGGAAUAGGGAGGGGAGGGGUUGAAGAGAAGAGAUGAAAAGGAUGGACUUUUAUUGGCAGAUAAAUAAAGCUUUUACUAUUCAUGUUCAA